AUGGGUCUAUUAGAUGAGCCUUUUGAGCCUGGAACGCCUCCCCCGACCUGGUCACCUGCGAGACCAGAUUUCUGGAAAAAACCUUCGAAAUGGCAGAUCUGUAUGCCGCGAUUAACUAUUCUGGCCAAAGCCCUUGCCACUUUCUUUGGCUUCGUUUUGCUGGUCAAAAUCAUAGGGCAGAAGCCAGAUGCUCCAUCUCCAACACUCGAACCACCAACACUACCUUCUGAGGACGAUAUGAAAGCUGCUGCAGAGAGGGCCCCAUGGGUAUGGAAAGAUUUCACAACGCAUGACGGCUUGACUCGUGGAAUUUCACAUCUCCAUACCUGCCAGUCUGGCGAAGUAGAUUGCAAGAAUAAGCAUCCUCUACAGAUCCGCUAUGAUGGUCUUCGCCACUCUCAGGAGGAUCCAUCUCACAUCUUAUCAUGCCUCGGCCCGCGAGGAUUGCCAUUGAAUGAAAGUGAUGGAGAUGCGAUUUGGGCAUAUCCAGGUCGUGCCAUCGGCGCUGUUGACCCGGUACUUGGCUCCUACGAAGCAGCAGGCUUGGAUGGUGAUGUGUCUUUCGAUCGCCUCGGCCGUCUAAAAGCUUACGGACUCGAGCAAUUCGAUGCCAUAGAUUUGGAGGAUCUGAAGAAAGCAAGCGAAGUUGAUUGGGAUUCCGUUGAGUGGGGCGAAUUGCAAGAUGGUUGUGCCAUGCUCAAUAAACACCGCUUCAAAGCCAAGAAAGAACGCCCGCAGAAUUCUAUCCAAUACUCGAAUCUUCGGCACAAGCACGACGAAGCUCGCCCACAUUCCCCAUCGACCACCAUGGAAUCCGCCCUUGUCAACAAAGUGAAACGAACCGCCAUUCUCAUACGCGUAUGGACCGGCGCAAAAUGGACUGCUGAUGCGGUCAUGAACAUACGAGCUAUGAUUGCCGAGGCAUCCCUAGCUAGUGGUGGAAAGUAUCAAGUGUUUCUCCUGUUGCACGUCAAAGACGAGAAUGUACCUCUGUUCGUGGGAGAGGAUGAGCCACAAGCCACGGUCAAUAGGCACAUCCCACCUGAAUUCCGGUCCAUCACAGAGGUGUGGAAUCAUGCGCAAAUCCGAAGCUUGUAUUCCAAUUUGGCACACCACGCCUUCGUGGGUCGCUCACCCUGGAUGAUCAUACAGUGGUUUGCUCGCAACCACCCUGAAUUCGAUUUCUUCUAUCAAUGGGAGUUCGACGUACGCUACACCGGCCAUUAUUUGGACUUUUUCGAGGGCGUCUCCAACUCUGGCAGGAAGCAACCACGGAAAGGGAUAUGGGAGCGUGCUGGCAGAGUCUAUAUUCCUAGUAUUCAUGGUGACUACGAUACCCAAUUCAGACAGUCCACGCGGGAAGAUGAUCCUCACCACGUGUGGGGUCCAGUAUCCGUGGAAGGUGUCAAGCCACGUGGUCCAAAACCACCGGUCAAAGAAUCAGAGGAUGACUAUGAAUGGGGAGUUGGGGAGGAUGCUGAUUGGAUUGGAUUCCUCCCAAGCUUCAAUGUCACCGGAACUAAUUGGUGGUUCCGCGACUAUCUCUGGGGUUACGCUCAGGGGAAAUCAACCCCGAGAAGAGCUACCCUUAUUGCUCAAGGACGAAUCAGUCGACGUGUGCUGGAGAUUAUGAAUUAUGAAAAUGCCGACAACGGCCACCACAUGGAUGCGGAAAUGUUUCCCCAGAGCAUGUGCCUUCAUCAUGGACUCAAAUCGACCACUUUCCCACACCCAAUAUUUGCUGACCGCCACUGGCCUGCAGAGGCUCUUCAAUCGACCUUUAAUGGCGGUCCAUUUGGACAAGCGGGCGGCCAUUGGAAUAGUACUUUCAGCAAAUGGAAUGAGCACGCGUGGACCAAUAUGACGUGGUAUUACAGUUCUGCUCAAGCUAUGCCAAUCUACCAAAGGCUACUGGGCAUUACCGCGCUCGAGAGCGGUGGUCAAGAAUGGGAAGACGCAUAUGGCCGAACUGUUGUCCGCCCUAUGCUACUCCACCCAGUAAAGGGUGCAAAGUCGUGGCAAUGGACAGAAGAUGGAUGGCAGCAAACCAAGAGUGGCAAGUGA